AUGGGUCGUGGUAAGCAAGAGAUGAGGAGAAUAGAAGAUAAAGCAACUCGGCAGGUUUCAUUUUCAAGGCGGAAGAAGGGACUCAUUAAGAAGGCGUACGAGCUUUCUGUACUCUGUGAUAUUGAUAUUGCACUGAUCAUGUUCCCUCCCUCAGGCCGUCUCACUCAAUUUUCGGGCAAAAAAAGGAUGGAGGAAGUUUUCACUCGUUACAUGCAUCUCACAGACGAAGAAAGAGAAGAGUAUGCUCUUGAAUUACUUGUCCAGGUCAUUCAGAACACAGAGGUACUCCAGCGGGAAGUCGAUAGGUUGCAGCAACAACUACAGACUGCUGAGGAACAGUUGAGGGAAUUUGAACCUCAGUCUCUGGAUUUCAAGGCGAUGGGGGAGCUUGAAUCAAUGGUGGAACGUCUGGUCCACACCUUGGAGCAUGUUUUACAGAGAAAGUCGUCCUCUAAGCGGUUAGGCUCUUACUAUGCCUUGUGCCCUUGA